AUUCAGUAUUUUCGCUCCCCGGUCAGCUUUACAAUGAAGAACUGUUAGCAUUCUCAGGCCAAUUUAUAUUCUUAAUAAUAAAACUAGAUCCCCAGACAAAACAUCUCAAAGGGGUGUCUGACGUUUUUUUUUUCCCAGUUAACGUUAACCGCAAAAGAGUCUUUAAUCAGCCCGCAAACAAAACGACAGGAAACUGUAACGGUUAACAUGUCUCAAGAAGGAUAUCGGUCACCAGCAUUGAAAGCAGACACGAGCUUGAAUAUACAUGAAUCGCAGAGGACCAACCCUGGGAAGACACCUAUACAAAUCCUACAUGAAUAUGGCACCAAAAGUGGCAACCUCCCUGUGUAUGUGAUGGAGAAGGCUGAAGGAGAGGCUCACCAACCCAGCUUCGUCUUCAGUGUGAAAAUUGGAGAUGUUAGCUGCGCAGGUCAAGGUCCUAGUAAAAAGGCAGCUAAACACCAGGCUGCAGAGGCUGCCCUGAAUAUUCUACAGAUAGAUGCUGGGGCAGUGAACAUUCCUGUGAAAUCUGAGAGUAACGGUGUUGUAGCAGAAACAAACAACCAUCCCAACUCAGUGGGGAUCCUGCAGGAGUUAGCAUUACAGAGAGGAUGGCGUCUUCCUGAAUACACAGUUUUAAUGGAGGCUGGUCCACCACACAAGAGAGAAUUCACUGUAACUUGUCGAAUGGAGUCGCUGUCAGAGAAGGGUGUAGGAAAUUCAAAAAAGGGAGCGAAAAUGGCAGCUGCAGAGAAAAUGGUGUCAAAGCUUCAAAGUCUGUCAGGCUGUUCUGAAAUCACAUGGACUCCAAAACCAAGCGUCCGGUUUGAGAACUUAAGGAACUCAUCAGCAGAGAGUAUAUGUUUACUGAGAAGAAACCCGCUGAGCAUUCCCAACACCGAUUAUAUUCAGAUGAUGUUGGAGCUGUCCAAGGAGCAGGGCUUUGAGGUCACAUACUUCAACAUUGAUGAGCUGACGGUGAACGGCCAGUACCAGUGCCUGGCAGAGCUGUCCACCUCCCCGGUCACCGUUUGCCACGGCACCGGCAUCUCCUGUAGCAACGCUCACAACGACGCAGCACACAGCGCCCUCCAGUACAUCAAGAUCAUGGCCACCACCAAGUAAAACCACCGCAGUCAUCUGCUUCACCUGUCUUGUCACAUAUUUCAGCUGAUGUCCAGUCAUGAUGAGGCUGUAGAUCGUUCUUCCCACUAGUCUUCCUGUCUGUGGACAAUAUGAGGUCCAGGUAUAUAUUUAUAACUAUGUGGAUCACGAUCUUUGUGAUACACAUAAUUAUAAAUAUAUACCUUAACCUCAUAUCGUCCACAGACAGGAAGAACUCAACAUUAAGUAACUUGAAUCAGGCAAUUUAAGAGCGGUAUUUGUGAAGAGACACUAUCAUGUUUUACUUGAGAUGUCCAACAUACUGUAUUGACACAAAUGUACAUGUGUAAAUUAAGUACGUAAUAGUGAAAAAUAUGAGGCACAUUAUUUGUGUUGCUUUAGUGGGAUUUUUAUUGCGUUUGUAGUCAGAUCUUUUUAGGUUCCAUUGGUCUUUUAUUUAUUCUUUUUUUUUUUUUUCCACCGUUUUUUUUCCCUGUAGCAAUGCGCUGUAUUGAGCCAAUAGAGUAUCUUAAACUUUUAAUUUGCUUCAGAGAUACCUGCCUUUCUGUUAAACUCUAAAAUGAAAGUGAAUUGAACAAGGGAGAUUAUUUGACUUGGGUUAUAUAUUUGAAAGCAUGGUCUGCAUUUUGAUCUACAGAAUUAAAUUAUUUUCUUUCCUACUUCCACUCUUCCAUCGGUCAGUAUGCAAUCUACAGUACAACCCCUGAUGUUUGUAUCUGGUUGACUCUCAAAAUAGAUAUAACAUGUUAAUUCAUAUUCCCAUCCUGCUGGUCUCUUGCCAUUUUUUUUUUUGCAGUGUUCCUCAUAUUACCUUGUGACAUAUUUAAUAUACAUUUACUUAAUGCUGUCCUCUGCAGCAACAUGUGUAUGAAUCCAGAAAAUAAACCCAAACACUAAAUGUUAA